AUGUAUCACGUUGUAAAGCUGCUGGUGCUGCUGCUCUCCGUGCUGGGGGUCGUGCAUUCAGCACCUGUGCAGGAUGCCGUAAUCGUUGACCCGGAAGUGCCAAUUGAGAAUAAAAGCGAAACAGCGGUCGAGGAGCCUGCACGCAGCAAGCGUCAUCUGGGAUUCGGAGGCAUCGGAAUCGGUGUUGGACUGAUUGGUGGAGGAUUUGGUGGCUAUGGUGGAGGCUAUCCUCCUCAUUACGGAGGAUUCGGGCCUUAUGGACCGUACGGCGGAGGAUUCGGACCGUACGGGGGAGGAUUCGGACCGUACGGGGGAGGGUUUGGAGUGCCAUACGGAGCGUAUGGUGGUGGUUAUGAAUAUGGCUACGGUUCGAGUUAUGGUUUUUUCGGUUGA